ACAUUGGAUUGAUUUCUUAUUAUGGGAAGUUCCUACCGAAUCUAGCCACUCGCUUAACACCAUUGUACAAGCUGUUAAACAAAGAUGUGCCAUGGGAAUGGUCAUCUGAGCAAGAACUUGCUUUUAACAGGUCGAAACAGCUGCUGACAUCAACAAAUCUGUUAGCUCAUUACAACCCCCAAUUACCUAUUGUUCUGGCCUGCGAUGCCUCUGCAUACGGAAUUGGAGCCGUACUUGCUCACCAAAUGCCUGAUGGUACCGAGAGACCGAUAGCCUAUGCUUCUAGGACUUUGAAUUCGGCUGAAAGAAAUUACUCGCAGCUUGAAAAGGAAGGACUGUCCUGUGUUUUCGGAGUAAAGAAAUUCUAUGCAUACCUAUUUGGUCAAAAAUUCACUCUAAUUACGGAUCACAAACCGUUAUUGAGCCUGCUGAGUGGACAGAAACCAACCUCAUUACAAGCCUCCGCAAGGAUUCGUCGAUGGUCAUUGGCACUGUCGAUGUACGAGUACGAGCUGAAGUUCCGAAACACUACAGCUCACGGUAAUGCAGAUGCUUUGAGUCGUCUGCCCUUAACUGACACUGUUCCUGAUGACCGAACACCACCAGAACUGGUGCUCUUACUGGAACAUCUCGAUUCCUCACCGAUCACGGCUGCACAUAUCAAAGAGGCUACCAGACGAGACCCAGAACUCUCUACUAUUCACCAGUAUGUGCAACAAGGAUGGCCACACCGUUCCGCCAUGGAAACCAGUCUAAUGCCCUUUUAUGAGCGACGAGAAGAACUUUCAGUACAUGAUGGUUGCUUGCUGUGGGGAAAUCGUGUGGUGGUACCCAAGACCUACCGAGGUGAUGUGCUCGUACAACUGCACGAAGGACAUCCUGGCACCACUCGCAUGAAAGGACUAUCGCGUAUGUAUGUGUGGUGGCCUGGUAUUUCGAAAGACGUCGAAGAGACGGUACAAGAUUGCAUUCCCUGUCAACAACAACAGUCAAAACCACCUGUUGCUCCACUCCAUUCUUGGGCUUGGCCUACACGCCCGUGGGCCAGAUUGCAUAUCGAUUAUGCUGGUCCCAUUCACGGACAAAUGUUUUUGAUUAUCAUUGAUGCCCAUUCAAAAUGGAUUGAAGCAAUUCCAACAUCUGGCUCGACAUCCCGAGUAGUGAUCGAAGAACUACGGGUUUUGUUUUCUCAAUUUGGCCUACCAGAGUGUGUUGUGUCUGCCAAUGGCACAUGUUUCACUAGUGCAGAAUUCAAAGGAUUCCUGAAGAAAAAUGGUAUCAACCAAAUUCUGUCUGCCCCUUAUCACCCCUCUACAAAUGGCCUGGCUGAACGAGCAGUGCAAGUAGUUAAGAAGGGACUUAAGAAGGAAACAAAAGGUUCGAUGCGCAGUAGACUUGCAACGGUGUUAUUUGCUUACAGGUUAACUGCACAGUCAACCACUGGACAAUCCCCAAGUGAACUUUUGUUAGGUCGUCGACCACGAUCUCGUCUAGAUCUGCUUAAACCGAACACAGCAGAGAGAGUUGAACGUCAACAAGCAAAACAGGUGAAACAACACGACAACCGUGCUCGCGAAAGAAGUUUUGAGCCCGGAGAUCUGGUGUAUGUCAGAAAUUACCAGUCAGGAAAUCGUUGGUUACCGGGUGUGAUACAGGAAAAGACAGGACCAGUAUCGUUUCGAGCGAAGAUGCAGAAUGGUCAAGUGCGAAGGUGUCAUGUGGACCAGGUUCGGAACCGAACAGUAGACGAACCUACCUAGCCAGAAGAGGUCCCUAUUCCGAAUGCAAUUCUUCCUGACGAAUUGACCACACCGUAUGCACCUCAAGCUGAUAGUACUCCUGGAAACAGCUCCCCUUCACCUGAAGUUGGUGUAGAACCACCUGUCGACGUCCCUAGUCAAGGUGUUGUCUCAAAACCUGCAACUGCGAUUAAAGUAUACCCUAAGCGUAACCGUAAGACUGUGGAUCGAUAUGAACCUAAAUGGUAGUUAUUGAUUGGAAACUGGUAUUUUAUUGGUAUUGUUUUGUCAUUAGUUGGAUGAUUUUUGUCAUUAGUUAAUUUUGUGAGUCCUCACUAAAGGAAGGAGGAAUGUUGUGGUUUAGUUUACUUCCUGUUCUAUGUGUACUAUUUAUGUACGUGUGUUCUCAAUGUUUUUAGUCUCUAUUAAA